AUGUGUGCUCGUAUACUCCCAAAGUAUCAGAAAUACUAUCAAUACCUUUCUUUGCGUCCAGAAAAUGGAUUGCAACAUAUUGUAACAAUUGAUACCCCUCCUGAUAUCAGAGCUAGUGAUAUUCAAAUUGAUUUUAAUCGCGAAGCUCAAACUAUUAAUGUCCAUUACUUAGACCUUGUACCAUUUUUAUGUGGUCAAAUGAAAGGUAACGUUACUGGAUAUUCAACUUUGAUAUAUCCUUCAGAAAAUCAACUCAUUAUUAAUUUUACUUUAACAGAAAGAUUGGAAAUAACAGAUUUGUUUAUUUGUGACUACCAUCCUUUGUUACGUAUUUGCGAUCCUUAUUCUUUACUUAAACUUUUCCUCCAUAAAGGAAGGGAAACAGUAACAAGAAACGAUAUAGCAAAGCUCGAUUUAGCUGCCAAGAUGGGUUUCCUUCCUGCAAUCCAAGAACUAUAUAUCAAUUUUAUUUACUCGAAAUUCCCAAUCAAAUUAGCUGAUGAAUAUGCAUUAGAACUAGCUGAAGGCUACAAACCAUCCCAAUUACAUUUCUACAUCGCGUGUGCCCAUUUUCAUGAGAAAACAGAAGAAGAUUACCAUAUUGCUUAUCAACAUUUCCUGAAAAGCGAAGAAUAUGGUGGAUUUGCAAAAGAUUUUCUAGGAUUGUACUACUCUCCAAUUAGCUAUAUUCCAUUUCCAAAUAAAGAUGGUAAAAUUGCAGCAGAAUGUUUCGAAAAAACAUUGGAAAAAGAUCCGAAAAACGUUAUCUCGUUGCACAAUCUUUCCCUAUUACUUUACCAAGGAAUUGGUGUUGAAAAAGAUGUUAAACGUGCUCAGGAAUUGUAUAAUACUCUAGUGACUAUUGACCCUCAUUUUCCACCACUAGAAGAUGAGAAAAUUAUAUUCUUUGAUAACGAAGGAAAAGAUGAUUCAUUCAAUAUGAACGAUUUGUAUUUAAUUUUAGGAAUUGGAGCUGCUAUCGGUGUUGGAGCGUUUUGUUUCUACAAAAUAUGGAAGAGAUUGCAAAGGAAAUGA